AUGACGAGCUCGAAUAACACAUUGCCCGACAACCAAUCGAUGGACCAAAGACCUGAAAAGCCUUUGGAGGCCAUCAUCAACAAUGCAUCGAAGCAUUACAUGAUCAAAAUUAACGCAUCUUCUUCUCAAUCUGCAAAUGCACCUGGUACUUCUCGAGAGCCUUCAAUGGCCGGCUCAAUUGUUCAAACUGUAGAUGCACCUGGUACAUCUCAAGAGCCUUCAAUGGCCAGCUCAAUGUUUCAAUUUAGAGCUAAUAUAAAUCCUUCUGAAGGGGGUUAUCAACUCCGCGCCGAUACCUCUCCUUUUCUUGCUCGAAGGUACUUAGCCCAUAGCCCUUUACUUCAAAGUCUUUGGAAUCGCGCUGCCACUCGUCCUACUUCUGUCCGAGGGUUCGCAGCCCACCGCUCUUCCAUUAAAAGUGUUUGGGAUCGCGCUAAAGUGGCCAGCGAGAAUUCUGGUGCACACACAUCUACCACUACCCUCAACCCUACCAUUCAGGCCUUCACUCCUUCCCAAGAGUUCCUUCUUAGAAGAUUCCAAGCGGAGGGUGUUGGCGAGGAUGACUGUGGUUUUCCAUAUUGUGAAGGGUUCUGUGAGCUUUAUGCCCCCCGCGCUGCCAAUGGCGACAAUAAUGAGGCUGGGCAGCAAGCGAGCUCUUCAGCUGUCCAAGAUGAGAGUGAAGCAAACAUUUUCCCAAGCCAAGGCAUUGAGCGCAUGAGUCCAGAGGAGUCUGCUCUAGAGGCUGGUUACGAGGCUGAUUGGAGUAUUGAAGACGAUUUUCUAAAUCAUGAUGCUAUUGACUCGGCUUAUUCUUUGAUGUAA